AUGGCAGACAAACUAGACACGGAGGAAAUCACCAGCUUCAAUAAGGCCAGGCUGAAGAAAACAGAAAUGCUGCAGAAAAACAUCCUGCUGACCAAAGAGACCAUUGAACAGGAAAAUCGUAGAGAGAUUUUCUAA